CUAUACAUAACAAACAACAUGUAAAAAUAUCCACUAAAACCCUGGAGGUAUAAAAUCUCAGAUUUUACUUGUUUACAAACUUAAAUCGACUUGGAAUUGACAUCAUGUUAAGUUUUUUUGUUAAGGACUUAUUUUAUUCCCGACGCCCUACAGACUGGAGGUCAGGAUUCUCGGCAGGCCUCAGCAGCACGAUUAGCUCAUCAGAGACUAACGUCAUCUUCAACACCAUCGACGCCAACAUCGGUGGCCACUAUGACCAAACCUCCGGGAAGUUCCGGGCUCCAAUCGACGGAUACUACAUGUUCUUCUUUACUGGUCACAUACAGUCGAGUAAUAACAUGUACAUAGACCUCAUUAUAAACGACUCAGUGUAUAAGGAUAAGUGGGUGUAUGAUCAGUAUAACACGGAUAGCUACGACACUGCUAGUAACAGCAUUAUCUUGCACCUCAACAUGGGAGACGAAGUUAACCUCAGGCUGCACAGUGGCUACUACUUGUACGGUAGCAAUCGCUCUUCCUUUUCUGGGUUUUUGUUACAGAUUGAAGAAGCCAACGCAGUGUGUCGUCAGCUUGGCUGGAAGGCUGGCUUCUCGGCAAGUCUCAGCAGCAGCAUUGGCACGUCAGAGACUGACAUCAUCUUCAACGUCAUCAAUAUCAACAUCGGUGGCCACUAUAACCAAACCUCCGGAAAGUUCCGGGUUCCACUCGACGGAUACAACAUGUUCUUUUUCAAUGGUUACACAUACUCUACUAAUGAAAUGUAG